AUGCCAAACAGCAUCGACUUUCCCGUGCUGAUGUGCAUGCUCUGGGCGCCCCGGGUGGAGUUACGCGUCAAUAAGCUGCUCUCAGAGCGGACCUACGGUCUGCCUGAGGAGCUCUGCGGCGCCCUCUGCGGCGUCGGCUUUGACCCGUCCACGGGCGUCUCCUACGACCCUGACACCGACAUGGAGCUGCUCUUUGACUCGAGCGUCACCGCACAGGACAUUGAGCUGCUCAAUCUGCUGCGCUACCAGGUGAGCCAGUUCUUCAAGGCGAAACACCAGCACAUCACCAGCACGCCACCACAGUGGACGUCCAUCGGGUCGGUGUCCACAUCUUUGCGGGCUCUCGUACGAAGGAAAACUACAGUAGCUGCUGCCUCUGCAAAUAGCGAUGCACUCAAGACAACAACAUUAUCUAAAUCACCUGAGGGUUUUCCGACGCCCGUCUUUUCACAAGUUACCAACGAUGACAAUGAAACCAAAGUCACCACGCUCAAGAACGGAUUGCGCGUUGCUUCGCAAAACAAGUUCGGCCAGUUCUGCACGGUUGGUGUGGUGAUUGACUCUGGGUCGCGCUUUGAGGCAAAGCACUUUCCGGGAACUUCACAUUUUCUCGAGAAGAUGGCUUACAACUCAACGGUGGAGUUUGAGAGCAAAGACUCCAUCAUGCAGGUACUGGAAAAGUACGGCGGAAUCUGUGAUUGCCAAGGUUCGCGCGAUACGAUGAUCUACGCCGCAAGCAUUCACUCAAAAGGCCUUCCAUCGGCUGUUCACCUACUGUCUGAAGCCGUUCUACGGCCACAUUUGCGUGCAGAUGAAGUGGACUUUGCGCGGCAGAUGAUUGAGUUUGAGCUUGAAGAUUUGGAAAUGCGACCUGACCCUGAACCAAUACUCUUUGAGAUGAUUCACAGUGCCGCGUAUCGAUCAAACACGCUGGGAUUGCCGAGGUUCUGCAACAAGGAGUCGGUGAACUUGAUUCAGCCCAGUGACCUCUUCAACUACAUCAGCACCUACCACCGACCUGAGCGAAUGGUCGUGGCCGGAGUGGGCGUCGACCAUCAACACCUCGUUGACCUUGCCCAGCAGUACUUUGUCGAGAAGCAGCCAAUCUGGACAUCAAGUCAGGAUAUUGCCUCAAAACUAAAGUCUGACAACAAGGCCGACAACUCCAUUUCGCAAUACACCGGAGGCAUAAAGACCGUCACAAAGGACCUGUCGAACGUCAGUCUAGGACCGACGCCGAUGCCUGAGCUGGCGCACUUUGUGAUUGGCCUCGAGUCAGUGUCGCACCAGGAGCUGGACAACUUUGUGCCCAUUUGUGUGCUGAACAUGCUGAUGGGCGGCGGUGGCUCAUUUUCCGCUGGCGGCCCUGGAAAGGGCAUGUACACGAGGCUGUACACUCGAGUGCUCAACCUCUACCAUUGGAUGUUCAGUGCCACUGCCCUCAAUCACUCCUACCAGGACUCGGGUCUGUUCUGCAUUCAGGCGUCAGCUCACCCAAACCAACUGCGUGAGCUGGUCAAUGUGAUCAUCUCCGAGACAGUGGCCAUGAGCCAGGGCGUCGGAGCAGAGGAGCUGAAUCGGGCAAAGAAGCAGCUCAAGUCAAUGCUCCUCAUGAACCUCGAGGCGCGACCGGUCAUGUUUGAGGACAUUGGCCGACAGGUACUGUCCAGUGGCCAGCGAAGACCGCCGCAGUUUUUCAUUGACCGCAUCGACAAGGUGACCCCUGAUGAUAUUGUUCGUGUCGCCCGAGAGAUGCUGCGCAGUCGUGCCUCAGUGGCCGGACUGGGUGAUUUGCGCCAGCUGCCGACGCUGGAGGAGAUUGAGAGCGCCCUGCAGAGCAAGGACGGUAAAAUUCCAAAGCGCUUCAACUUGUUCCGGUAA